AUGCUGGCACUAAGGAGUACCACUCUGUCGCGAACACUUGGUGUGACACGACAGCAUGAGUCAACCGCUCCCGCCGCUGUCUUAAGAGGUCAUGGCCAGGGUAUCAUCUCAAGAAGUACUAAUGCCGGUCAAUUGGCUUCAAGAACACAGACACGAUUCCUCACAAGGGGCAUUGAAAGUAGCAAAGGAGAUCGUGAACGUGUUGUUGUACUAGGCUCCGGUGAGUGUCUAUUGUAUUGCUUGAAUACCCGGACUGCACCUCAUCUCUACUACANNGGCUGGGCUGGCUACACCCUCGCUCGAGAUCUCGACCCCAAGAAAUAUCAAGUUGUCGUCGUAUCACCUCGCUCCUAUUUUGUCUUCACCCCUCUCCUCGCUUCAACCUCGACGGGUACCCUCGAAUUCCGCACCGCUCUUGAGCCUGUCCGCUCUCGUCGCACCAAAGUAGAAUUCUUCCAAGGCUGGGCUGAUUCUGUGGACUUUGCAACCAAGACAUUGAAAGUUGAAGAAGCUGUUGAGAACCCAUGGCAGGCUAUGGCUCUAACUGCUGAUGGUCGCGAAGAUCAGAAUGCAGAUCAAACAGAGAAAGAAAAGGGCGUCAAGGCGAAGAAGGGCAAAGUGUUUGAAAUGAACUAUGAUAAGUUGGUUGUGUCAGUCGGGUGCUACUCUCAAACUUUUGGAACGCCUGGCGUCAAGGAAAAUGCCUAUUUCCUUAAAGAUGUUGGUGAUGCCAGAAAGAUCCGCAACAGAAUGCUUUCUUGUGAGUUUUUAUCGAAAAGUAAUCUGUUCUUAAUAUCACUGACCAUAUUACUACAGGCUNUCGAGACGGCUUCUCUACCAACCACUAGCGAAGCGAUGAAAAAGCGGCUUCUCAACUUUGCCGUCGUGGGAGGUGGCCCAACUGGCAUUGAGUUCUCCGCCGAGCUCCACGAUCUCAUCAAAGAAGACAUGGCCAAAAUCUACCCUGAACUCAUGCAGUACUACAAGAUCACUGUCUACGAUGUUGCCGACAAGGUCCUCAGUAUGUUCGACGACAAGCUCGCCAAAUACGCUAUCGAACGCUUCACCCGCGAAGGUAUCGAUGUAAAGACAUCUCACCACGUCAAAUCGCUUCGCAGAGGUACGCCUAAGCAACUCAAAGAGGACGGUGGUGACCAAGUAGUCAAGGAUGACUCAAGCUGCUACACCCUGGACUUGCAAGAGGAAGGCGAAGUGGGCGUCGGUAUGGUAGUCUGGAGCACUGGACUAAUGAUGAAUCCCUUCAUCUCAAAGUCCCUCGUAAGACCUUACGACAUACCUAUUUCCAGCGCUGCAGUGGAAACACCUUCAGAUGCAAAGAGCUGGAACAUUUCUACCCAUCCACGCAGCGGAGGCAUCAUGACAAACGACCGUCUUCGCGUAAUCAUGCAACCCUCCACCCAAGCAAAAGAAGGCGAAAAGAUCAGUGGCAGAGCAAUCAUAAACGAUGUCUACGCUCUCGGCGACUGCGCAAUCAUGGAAAACUCGGCUUACCCAGCUACCGCUCAAGUAGCCAACCAAAAGGCUCGUUGGCUGGCCAAACAACUCAACCGCAACACCAUCGACAACAACGCCUUUACCUACAAGGAUUUGGGCGUAAUGGCCUAUGUAGGGAACUGGAACGCAAUCAUGCAAUCGUCGGGUGGAGACGUGAGUGGUCGAGUUGCGUGGUUAAUUUGGCGUGGAGCAUACCUGGCAAAGAGUGUCAGCUGGCGAAACAGGAUUCUGAUCCCUACCUAUUGGUUCGUCAACUGGAUAUUCGGCAGAGACAUCUCGAGGUUCUGA